CACAGGCCGGCGUGGUGAUUGGACUGCUUAUAGAAAGACCAUCCUGGACAGCUGGGGCCCCCAGCUUAACUUCCGCACUGAAGAACGCCGCUCUCUCUCUCUCUGGUUCUCUGACGUUCGAAACAAAGGAAGUUAUCCAAAUACCGGGACAAGAGCCAAGCAGACAGGAGCAAAGUAUGUCCGCAGAGAGAAAAGCUUCUUUAAGAAAAAAUAAAGUCGACUCUACCAGACCAUCCAUGUCCCGGAGUCUCUGAAAGGCUGAGCUGUGUGAUUCUGCCCAGGAGUCUACCGGUGCAGCUCAGCAGUCUCUGCUUGGUGAGCGAAGAACUUCGUUCUCGAAUCGGAACUCCAGUUCAACCCGCGCCCGGCUAAAAGACGACAUUACCCUGCAGGCGCUCUCGUCGCAACCGUUGAAGCGAAAAGAAGUGUCUCCUCGUUGUGGCGAAGGCAAGAUAAUAGUCGACUGCAAACGUGGAGAUGAAUGGACUCAACAGCCCUGGUGGCCCCAAGAGCCGCCCAGGCCUGUCGGACAUGGCCACGUACCAGCAGUGGCUUGCCAGCCGUCACGAAGCCACCCUCAUCCCCAUGAAGGAGGACCUCGCCAUGUGGCUCACCGAGAUUCUGGGUACGGAAAUCCGCGCAGAGACAUUCAUGGAGCAGAUUGACAAUGGCGUCCUUCUCUGCCGCCUUGGGAGCAUCCUGCAGGCAAAGGCUAAGGAGAACAACUAUGCAGACAAUGUCACUAAGCGCUUUCCACGGCGGAAGAUCCCCUGCAGAGCCAACGCCCCUGCUGGGACCUUCUUUGCACGGGACAACACGGCCAAUUUUCUCGCUUGGUGCCGAGAGGCUGGCGUCGAUGAAUCCUGCAUGUUCGAGUCCGAAGGGCUUGUGCUACACAAGCAACCUCGCGAGGUUUGCCUUUGUCUUCUCGAGUUGGGACGCAUCGCCGCCAGGUUCGGCAUCGAGCCUCCGGGGCUCAUCAAGCUGGAGAAGGAGAUCGAACAGGAGGAGGCCCGGGCGAACGCCCGCUCGUCAUCCGGCUCGUCGGCCUACUCUGCAUCGCCGGCGUCGCCGUGCACCUCGUGCCCGCCAUCGCCCUCUUCCUCCUCUUCCGCAACGUUGGUGGUGGCAGCCUCUUCCAGCACACCCACCACACCGCGGGCUCCCAAGGAGAAGAAGCAAGUGCGGGACAAGGUCCUGGAAUCGGCCAUCAAGCGGAUAUCAGAGAAGCUUCCGUGUCAGUGCCAGGCAAGCUUCCAGGUGGAAUAUUAUUCCGAUGGAAGAUACCGGUUCGGGGACAAGAUCGUCUUCGUCAGGAUGCUGCACAACAAACACGUGAUGGUGCGUGUGGGCGGAGGCUGGGAGACCUUUGAGGGCUACCUUCUCAAGCACGACCCCUGCCGAAUGCUGCACAUAUCACGCGUCGACGGCCGCAUCUCCGGCCUGCCCGUGCCCGCGUGUGCGCCCUCCUCCCCGGCGACAUCCAGCUGCCAGUCCCCCCUGCCUGCCCCUCACUCCCCGGCAAAACCCAACGGCUACCUGAUUUCCACCGGCAGCUACAAAAGCCGCAAGCAGGUGGCGAGUUAGGCAGGGCCGUACGGAGCGAGAUGUAUGUAUGUUGAACUCCUUUCGCACCCGUACGUAGCCGGCCGUGCUAAUUGGAGGUGCUGGGGAAGGACGACAAACUACAACACAAAGCGGUUCUAAAGCAAUUAGUUUUCAAUCUAGAAGUGGGAUGGUCUCAAACUGUCUCGUCACAAAUGGUUCGUCCGGAUGGGCUGACUGCAGGGUGAUGCCCUGGAUUUGGUGAACUCCAUGGACUGCCAAGACAACUGUGUUACAAAUACUGUUUUUUUUUAAUUGCUGAUUGGUUAGAAUCGCUGAGAAGCUGUUUAUGGGCAAGUGGUGUGGGACGCAUGAUGUGUUGGCAGUUGGUGCUUAUAUAUUUUAGAAAAUCUGCUGUCCAGAGCGGAGCUAAUGGGGCAUGUUCAGCCAUUUGUAUUUUGAACUUUUGCGGGCUUCAAGUAUUGUAAAAAAUAUAUAGUUCUGAAUGGGGUCAUUAGGAGAAGCUUGCUUGUAUGAUAUAAACCUUUUUGGACCAUUCACUCAAGGCCAGAGCCAUCUGAAUGCAAUCGGUGAAAAGUGAAGCAAUGUGUACAUGAUAGUCUGAAUGAAUGCAUUAUACGUAAUGUUUCCCUUAGUUUCUGUUUCUUAUGACCAAACUUGUUUUAGUCUUAGUUGCGAUUACUUGCUAGAUUUUACGGUUAUUCUUGCCAGCAAGAAACAAUUGUGAACGUGUUUUUUUUUGCUGUUCAUGCCAUUAGCUCUCAGUAACGGCAUAUGAGCAGCCCCAUUGCAUACCUGUAGUGAUAGUGUAUGCAUUUCCAUAUUGAAAAAACAAUGACAGUUUGUUCUUUACAUUUAUUUUCAGGUUUUUGAAAAUGAUUUGACUAUCUUUUAAUAGCAUACAAAAUCCACUUGUUUUCCCGUGGGAAUAGCUGAAAAUUAGUAACUUAAAAUGACAUGUUCUUGAAUGCCUCAUUGUUCAGUUGUGUUCAUUGUUUGGUGAACACCAGUGCCUUCACCUUUAUACAGGUUAUCCUGACUCACAGUGAUUUUAUACACACCAAUGAAAGUGCAGUACCAAACGGUUUUUUUCAGUUUCUUUUUUUUCUCCCGUUUAUGUAUUCUAAGGAGCAAUAUUUCUCAGUGCACGAAUUGAUGUGCCUCAUUAGAUUUUACUUUUUAACUGGUAAUUAUACGCAAUGCUCAAGCUGUCUUCUAUAUAAUACAUCAGUGCCUUCACGUUGUAAAGCUAGAUUAUGUUUCAAAUGUGUGUUUGGGCAUAUAGCUGUGUGUCAAGUCACAAGGUUUACUGUAGCAGUUCACAAAAUAUUUCUUUAGUUUUGUUUUGUUCAAAUCAUAAACACUAGCUACAACCCUAGAGCAUCUUCAGUUAAUUAGAAUGCUCUGAUCAUCUGCAUCUCUAACCGCUGUAAUUAGGUAUUAUGCCAAAUGAAAUAUCACGAUUCAUUGUAAUGUACUGGCACCACGCUAAAAAUCACAAAUUCAACGAUUUUCUCGAGCAGUGCCUUUUCAAAAAUAUAUAUCUCUGCAAAUGCAGUCGUUUACUCUUUCCUGUGACCAGAUCACCCAAAAUGUGCCUGUUCUCAGAAACGAAGCUGGAGUUGAGUCUACAAAGUUCUUGAAUGGGCAACCUCCAUGUAAAAAAGUACGUGCCAGGCUGUGGGGUUACGUGGUGGGCAGCAGUGGGCAGGGCAGCAUAAUCCAUUGUUGCACUGAACUUUCUGCGUGCCGCAACUUCACAUCCCCACACUGACCAGCAUGGUGAAGCACGGUCAAAUAACCUCCCAGACCCACAUGGGAUAGGGAGGUCCUCAUCCAGCAGUGGAUCGACGAAAGGGCGAUACAAUGGACACACUCUUACAGCAACUUAAAUUAUGACAAUACCACGUUCUCCUUUAUUAUUCAUGAAAUUGCAAUGCGAAUAUUAUUUCGAAGCAAAACAUACUUUAAAUGGUGUGAAACACGUAAGGGGCAAUGCUUUAUUCUCGUAAAAAAUAUCAACUGAUAUUUACAUUUUGGACCUUUUUUAUUAUUUGGUUUUGACAAACACUACAGUUUCGAUUUAAAGCUUUCAUGACUGCAGGGAUUCAUAUUCUUGGUUCUUUCGGUAAAGUCACGUAGAAGGGAAAUAAUACAAAUCAAAUUCUCAUUUUUAUUUUAUUGCUUAAAUUUUUUUACUUUAUUAUUUCCCUUCUACGUCACUUUACCGAAAGAACCAAUAAUAUGAAACACUACAGUAUUCUACUUCGCAUGAUAAAGAGCCCGGUCGCCUCCCUGCUUGUGUAACCUUUAAAACGCUUUUGGUUGGAGCAGCUCUGAAAUAUAUUGUACGAUGCACUUUAGAUUUGUAAGACAUUUCCACAAUACAACUUUAUGGAUUCUCGA